ACAUAUUAUUUCAAAACUUCUUCUUAUUAGAGAUGAAGAGAGGUUCAAUGCUUUCGAAAAAUAUAGAAAAAAUAGAGAAUUCAAAUGAAAACACCAAGAAGAUGAAUGAUGAUGAUGAUGUUCAUGAUCACUGUCCUUUCUUUUUGUCCAUCUUCAAAUUGGUCUUCCAAAUUACCAUGGCAUUUUAUAGGUUUCUAGGUUUCUGUGUUCCCAGUUCGACUCUGCCAUCAUCGGAAGAUUCUUACCCCGUUGACCCACAUCCGCCUCCGAAAACGGAUGACCCACCGAUUGAAAAUUCGGGGGAGGAAGAACGUGAGUUUGCUAGACGGAAUCCGCCGCCGCCACCGCCGCCUAGCAAUGGCGGUGGCGGUCGAACGAACUGAUCACCAGGUGGCGGUGUUUUGUGGUCUAAUAUGGACGUCCGGUCGACAGCCACUUACAAUGAUCAUGAAUUAAUGUACAAAUAUUUUUAUCAUAUGAAUAAAUGUAUUAACUUAAUGAAGUUAUUUUUCUUAGAGCUAAGCACUAAAAAAAUAGAGAGAUCUGAUAUGUAGUUGUUUAAAAUUUCAUGUUUAUUCUAUUUUAAUUUAUACAUUCUUAUACCUUCUUCUACUUUCA